CUUGCCGUUUCUCCUCCAGCGGGCGGAGGGGGAGACCCCUCUGAGCUGGGCCCGUGACGUCAGGCGCGGUGACCGCCAUUUUGGAGCGCUGAGUGACGGGCGCACCGGGGGGAAAGCCGUUGCUACUUGCGUUCGCCGCUGUCCGCCCUUCCCCGAGCUGGUACGAUGUCCGAUAACUACGAAGGGGACGUGCAGCUGGAGGAGACCGGCGAGGAGAAGCAGGUGAUGGCGCCCUCCGCCCAGGACUCUCAGGAGAAGGAGGCGGUGACCCCUGAGAAGGCAGAGGAGCAAAAACUAAAGGCCAAAUACCCCAAUUUAGGGCAAAAGCCAGGAGGCUCUGAUUUCCUGAUGAAGAGGCUUCAGAAAGGGCAAAAAUACUUUGAUUCGGGAGACUACAAUAUGGCAAAGGCCAAGAUGAAGAACAAGCAACUGCCAUGUGCUGGUCCUGACAAAAACCUCGUAACAGGCGACCACAUCCCAACGCCGCAGGACCUUCCGCAGAGAAAGUCAUCACUCGUUACCAGCAAGCUAGCAGGGUAACCUGCCGCUACAGACCGGACUUGUCCACAGCUCACUGUACCAUAGAGCUGGGAAGGUGGGAGGACUCUUGCAUAAACUCAUCACCUCGUUAGCGCUGGAAGGGCUGGUGCCUCAUUCUCAUGCAAUGCCACACUAGCCUUUCCUACCUUGACUGAUAUAAGCUACUAGUCGCUUUCCAAGCCAGCAAGAUGUUGUGUGACUACAGAUUUGCAGUGGGUGAUGGACAAAGUGUGUGAUGAGUUCUUGGUGCAGACAAAUUGGCUCAGACAGUUACCUGACUGUUAUAUAUAAUGUAAGAUAUAUAUAUCUAUGGGUUUUGCAUUCCCUUUGUUUGUGUGACUCGGGCAUGCUGGAGACUAGUCACAUUGGCGGAAAUGAUUCCUGGGACAAGAUUGGCCGUGUGAGUGAACUAAACGGGUGCAGUGCGUCUUCUGUUGCGAGGCCAGUAGUGCAAGGCUUUGCAUGGAUGAGGUGACCCAGUGCCACAUCACUGUGUAAGAUAACGGAACGCGCGAAGGCUUCGCCAUAUCUGUGAGCGGCUAGGGUGGUCUGACUGAUGUGGUGCAACGUUGUACGUAGGCUUUCUCUGUCUCUAGUGCAAACGGUACAUUGUGUGAGUAGCCUGUACUCCUGCCAUUGUUUAUGUUGGCGCAUUCAUUAACAAAGUAAAAACCUAGUCACAAUUUUACAGUAUAACAGUGGUGGUCCUAUACUUCUGGUUUAAAACCAUUAUCCACACACCGUGGAAGUGGCCGCCAUUUUGUAGGAGUAGCCAAUAUAAAUGAGCUAGUGAAACCUAUGAAAUAUUAGGAAAAUCGACUCUCCCUCCUCUCUCUCUCUCUCUCUCUCUCUCUCUUUCUCUUUCUCUUUCUCUUUCUCUUUCUCUUUCUCUUUCUCUUUCUCUUUCUCUUUCUCUUUCUCUUUCUCUUUCUCUUUCUCUUUCUCUUUCUCCCUCUCCCUCUCGUUGGCCUUUGUUACUGCUGGUAUUUAGAGGGGCAGAUUGCUUUUAGAGAAAAAUGUCUGAAAAAUCAGCUAGUGUAAUUGGUCUGUAUGGUACUGUGAAGUAUUGUAGCUUUUACCUUUUGCUUUGUUUGGUUUUAUUACCAAGCUGUCAGAAGAGCAUGCACCACAGAAAGCCAACAGCCGAAAGGACUUAAAAAAAAAAGGUUUGCCCGCGGUGGAGGUAAUUCCAUAGCCUUCCUUCCCUUUCACUAGAACAUUCAUGGAGGAUUCUCUUUCUUUCAGACCCAUGACAUUGUAUGUGACCCCCCUCCCCCAUUCUACACGUAGCCGAGAGCUACAGGAAACUAAACUAUGAUUGGUUGAAAUGACAACAGGUUCCCUAUUGGACAAGUGACGCAACAUCCAAGCAUAUGUCUGCGGUUUUUGCCAGUGCAUCCGAUCCCCGGUCUCAUUAUGAGCAAGUACAGCGGUGUGUCACCAAAAAAAAUGCCCCGUUUGGUAAAAACAAAGGACACUUUAAAACCCUUUUCAAUAGAAUUUUCUAUAAAACUUUUAGGACCACCUAAAAUACCCAGACCGAUCCAUUCAUUUAUAGUUAAACUAUUACUGCGGUAUUUUACAACCUCUGUGGUUUGAAAUGUUUUCAUAGUUGAAUCUUAGCCACAAAUAUGUGUGUAUAUACAUAUAUAUUCUCAUAGUCACGUAUUCAAUCUAUUUAGAAGACUUACUCUGGGUGUAUACAUUAGAAUGUCUUCAUCUAAAAUGGUUUUUGGCUAUAGCUUCGUAUAUCUCUGCUUACCUUCGGUGUGGUCUUCCUCGCAGGGUAUAAAACACAACCCACAGAACUUGGUUGGGUUGCCAAAGAAAAUGACCACCAAUUUGAACACAAAUGAUGGGUCACCGCAAGCUACGCCAGUCAUGAAUGUGUUGCAUUACUGAAGACGCUUGCUAUGGUGAUAAACCUUCUAGCCGUUACGCUUUAUCUUACAGUGCAAGCUGCAUUCCUGUUUCUCCGCUGUGCAUUGCAGGCGCCACAUAGUACCCCUCCGUUUUGCUUUUUAAGGUUCAGGAUAAAUUGGUAAGAAUGACACACAAAAAAAGAGUUUCAAGCUACCCAAACUUCACAUAAGCAAAGUACACACAAGACCGGUUCUAAUUGUUCCCCGUCACAUCAUUUUGUUGAGUCGUUUUUCUCCAGCAUGUGAAGGAUGUACACACGUGGACUGGCUAAUGAAUACCUAUAUCUGUACAGUAAAAAUGUUAAGUCCAGAUUUUCUUUUCUUCAUUUUAUUUGAGCAAAUAUAUACAGUCUUAUAUGGUGUAUGUACAGAAUUUUUGUAAUUUGUAUUACUAAAACAUAAAUUUGUGCACUCAGUUGAGCACUUGCAGUAACGUACAACAAAAUAUGUACCGAAUGCUGUAUUUGGGUAAAACGUGUGAUGUAAGAUCGGGGAAUGAGCACAGUGAAAUGCGUUGGUUAUUGAGAGGAAAGUGUAAAAUAAGGGUUGGACUGUAUGUAGUGCACCUUAUAUGCAGCCUAAAUAAUGUGCAUGGAUGGACAUAUAAGAACUUCUGGUUCAUUAAAGGUUAUCUGCACAAAA